AUUUCAGGAUUUUAUUUCAGACGAUUUGGAAGUAACUUUAAAAGUGUACCCUUUUCAAAUACCAAUCAGGAAGUGCAUCAAGGUAAACACAGAGGAAGAGCAAGACAAUUACUACCUAAUAAAAACAGAAUGAUGCCAGUAAGAGUAGAUGUCUCUUCUGAAAAAACAAGGGAGCACAUCACAGAUGUCCAUUUUGAAAAACCAAGGGUGUACUUCCCAGAAACGUGGCUCUGGGACAUCAGUAUUUUACCUUUCAGAAGAUUAUUAUGAAUAUGAUUUUUAUGAAGAAUCAUAUGAGCCAACAAUAAGUGUUAGUCAUACUGAUGAUCGGUUAAGGGACGUUCCAAGUCCAGUCUUCAACUCUGAGAAAGUUCAAGGUCAGAGAACUUAUUUUCCUGAGACUUGGCUGUGGAAGAUUAAUAUGCUCAACUCCUCUGGUGUGCUGAGUGAGCAGUACACCCUCCCUGAUACUAUAACUGAGUGGGUUGGCAAAGCUGUGUGUGUAAAUUCAGAAAAGGGUCUCGGCAUAUCACCCAGGGCAACAAUAACCACUUUCACACCUUUCUUUGUGGAUUUGACCCUUCCUCCAACAAUCAAGAGAGGGGAAAUUCUACCAGUCAAGAUCUCAGUCUUUAAUUAUCUUGAACAAGCUUUGCCGGUCAAAGUUGUAUUGGAAAUAAGCCCUGAUUAUGAAAUUAUUGAGGAACCUGAAAGCCAGUUGCCACUUGGUCACAAAAUAGCCUGCAUCCCACCACAAGACAAGGUUGUUCACAUAGUGAAAAUUCGCUCUCGGGUCUUGGGAGAUGUAAACAUCACUGUGGAUGCCUUUGUGGAUGAGCUGUAUCCUGAAGCAUGUGGACCAGAAUAUGUGAUCAGUAAAAGGGAUAUUCUAAUCAAACCAAUCAAAGUGGAGGCUGAAGGAUUCCCAAGAGAAAAGACAUGGACCAAAUACAUUUGUUCCAAAGAUAUUAAUGAGAAUGCAGACUUUUUAGAGAUUUGGAAGGUAGAACCACCACCACUCAUUGUAGAAGACUCAGCCAGGGGCUGGGUGACUGCAGUUGGUGACCUUCUGGGACCUACACUUGAGAAUCUUGGUUCCCUUGUAAAAAUGCCAUAUGGGUGUGGGGAACAGAAUAUGUUGAAUUUUGCACCAAAUAUUUUCAUCCUUCAAUAUCUGGAUGCUUCAAAUCAAACAACACCAGCAAUUGCAAAGAAAGCUAUUGACUACAUGCAAAAAGGUUAUCAACGGGAGCUGCGCUAUCGCCACGAUGAUGGAUCCUUCAGUGCCUUUGGAAACUCUGAUGCAUCAGGCUCAACAUGGCUCACUGCCUUUGUCCUCAAGUCCUUUGCACAAGCACGCCAAUAUGUUCAGAUUGAUACAGAUGACUUGGACAUGAGCCGUGGUUGGCUGAAAAUGCGUCAGAUGGAGAAUGGAUGUUUCCAAUCUGUGGGGAAAGUCUUCCAUAAAGGCAUGAAGGGUGGUAUUGAUGGAAGUGGUUCUCCAGUACCAUUAACAGCCUAUGUGCUGAUUUCCCUCCUUGAAGUGGGUGAAGUGACAAGCAGUCGUGCAGUCAUGGAAGCAGCCUUCUGUUUAGAUGCUGAUACAUCCAAGGAUCCCUACACUUUAGCUUUGAAAGCCUAUUCGCUUUCUCUCUCUGAUUCCCCAAAGGCAGAACAAGCAGUGCAGAACCUUAUUAAUGUAGCAGAAGAGACUGCCAAUUCAAUGCAUUGGGAGCUUCCAGCUGGUUCAGGAAAGAGUCAAGCUGUUGCUGUAGAGACAGCUGGUUAUGCAGUUCUUUCAAUGAUGACCUUAGAUGCAACCAAAUUUGAGCUUCAAGCCAGAAAAAUAGUGAAAUGGAUAUCUUCACAGAGAAAUGGCCAAGGAGGAUUCAUAUCAACUCAGGAUACUGUUGUUGCUCUCCAAGCUCUGGCGAGUUUUGAGGCUCACCAAAAGAAAGAGGCUGUCAACCUGGUCAUCACUGUGGAAGGUGAAGCACUUGAGCAUGCAUUCUUUGUAGACGAAUCCAAUAAACUUCUUCAACAGCAAGUGAAUCUGCCGUCGCUACCUUCCAAUGUCAUUCUGGACAUGGAGGGAGAAGGAUGUGCCCUUGUUCAGACUGUCCUGAGAUAUAAUGUUCCUGAUGCUACAGCAAGUGAUGCCUUUUCCUUGUCAAUCACCACUGAAACAAUCCCAGAUAGGAAAUGCAUUACAAAGAAGAUUAAGGCUUGUGCUUCCUACUUACUAUCUGAUCAGAAAUCCAACAUGGCUGUUAUGGAAUUUAACUUAAUUUCUGGAUACAUACCACAUAAAGCGGACCUUAAACAAGUUGUUGGUUAUGGAACUGGCAUAAUAAAACGCUAUGAAGUUGAUGGCAGCAAAGUUAUGUUCUACAUUGAUGAAUUUUCACCUGAAGACCUUUGUGUGGAGUUCCGUGUAAUUCGGGAAAUUGAUGUUGAAGAUGCCAAGCCUGGGACUAUUAAGGUGUAUGACUAUUAUCAGCCCGAAUUCUCCAUAAGUAAGAGUUAUGUUCUACCACCUCCAGAUGAAUGCAGAAUCAGUUUGGUUCCCAUUGAAGCUAUUGCCAUUGAAGGAGAUAUCAUUGUAGAGCCAGAAAGUGGAACGACCACUCCCUCAUCAGCUAUUGGAGAUUUUGUUGCAUUAUUAGAUGAAAUGCCUUGAAGAUAAAAGAAAGCAAAAUAAGUAUUGUUUUUCAACAUAAGAGAGGAUGUCUAAUAGUAGCAUGCUUAUUAUAGAUCAUUUUUUACUUUUUGCUAUAGUAUAGUGUUCAUUUUCCCCUGUCAAGCUAAAAUUCUAUGUAUAU